AGUGUCUCACAGCUCAUCUAUAACAGUGUAAAACCAAAUAAAUACAUUUGGUAUUCUGAUAAAAUAGUACACAUUUUUAACUAUUUUUUCCCACUAACUGUCAAUGUUGAACACCAAACUGACAAUCAUUCUCUUUCCAUACAGGGUAUAUUAUUCUCCAAUUGUGAAAUUGUGUUUAGUUGCGUUUAGUUGAUAAGGCUGUUGCAAUCAUGUUGGAGGCACGCUUGGGCAGCACAACGCUGCUAAAGAAGAUUGUGGAUGCCUUAAAGGAGAUACUCAGCCAGAGCACCCUCGAUUGCAGUGCUUCCGGAAUACAGCUGCAAGCGAUGGACAAUUCACAUGUGUCCCUGGUGGCAAUGUCGCUGAGUAGGGAGUGCUUUGAGCGGUAUCGCUGUGACCGGAACGUGGCGCUGGGACUGGAUCUGAAGUCGCUUAUGAAGGUGCUGAAGUGCGCCAGUGGCGAUGAUGCGGUCACAAUCAGUGCCGCCGACAAGGCGGACAAGCUGCAGCUGAGAUUCGAGUCGGCGGGCAAUGAGCGUACCGCCGACUACGAGCUGCGUCUGCUCAAUCUGGAGCAGGAUCAUCUUGCCAUCCCCGAGACAGAUUACGCCUGCGUCGUCCACAUGCCGUCCACGGAAUUCGCGCGCAUCUGUCGCGAUUUGGCCACGUUCAGUGAGUCCGUUGUCAUCGCCUGCAGCAAGGAUGGCAUCAAGUUCUCCGCCAGCGGAGAACUGGGCUCCGCCAACAUUACGCUGAGCGAAACUAGCAAAGGAGAUGUCAGCCUGCAGGUGGAGGAGCCCGUCACGCUCUGCUUUGCCGGGCGCUACUUGAACAGUUUUACCCGGGCAACGUCCCUCGCGGAUAAGGUAAAGAUUGGCCUAGCGGCCGAUGUUCCGCUCCUGGUGGAAUACCCCAUCGAGGAUCACGGCUAUAUUCGCUACUAUCUCGCGCCCAAAGUAGAUGACCCGGAUUGAGUACAAUUUGUAACGAUAUGUGCAAUAUUUGUUUUAUUUAUCUAUAUUCUUAACCCUCAAUUAUUUUAAAAGGAAAUAUGAGAUUUAAAAAAAAAUUGUGACGGAUAGCUGUUAGCGAGCACUAGGCCGAAACACUGUGGUGGUCGUCGAUAGGUCGAUCAAGUCAGCUGUGCCACAACAAAAUUGUAAUAAAUAAUUAUUACGCAAUAAGUUUAAUUAAACAAUGAUGAAAUAUCUCAGAC